AUGCGUCAAAAACGAGCAAAAGCCUACCGAAAACUCAUGCAUCUCUACUGUAUGACCUUUGGAUUUCGUCAACCCUAUCAAAUACUCAUUGACUCUGAGAUGUGCAAAUCAGCAGUAGCCCAGAAGAUCGACUUCGUCAAACAACUUCACACUGUUUUACAGGGAGAAGUAAAGCCAAUGAUCACGCAGUGCUGCAUACACGAACUAUAUCUCCAAGGAAAGCAACAACAGCCAGCUGUGGACCUCGCAAAGACCUUUGAACGGCGGAAGUGCAAUCAUCGUGAACCAAUUGGCGGUGACGACUGUCUAGCGAGUGUCGUUGGGGACUCCAAUAAGCAUCGCUAUGUCGUGGCUACACAGUCUCAAACUCUACGAGUCAAACUGCGUUUCAUUCCUGGUACACCCAUCAUACACAUCAAUCGUUCUGUAAUGGUACUUGAACCCCCAAGUGAUACAACCGUGCAGGCAAAAGAAAGGGCCGAGGACACAAAACUCCACGCUUCAGCGCCAGAUCUUGCGCUAGUUCCUGUCACCGCUCCCGAGGAACGUAGGGUCAAACGCAAGGGUCCGAAAGGCCCUAAUCCUCUUAGCGUUAAAAAGAAACAAUCAAAUGAGCCUACCAAACCUCCGACCAAAGCCCAACCUCCGACUGGUUCCAAAAGAAAGGUCGAUGACGUUGACAGUGAUCCCGAAGGAGAAUCCAUACCGGCCCAGGUAUCUGCACCAACAGCCGCCUCAAAGAGAAGGAAAAGAAGACGAAAAAAUAAAGGCGCUGUAGAUAUGGAUACACAGAGAGCUGAAUCGGAUAGUGUCAAAUCAUGA